AUGUCACCUGCAGAAGAAGAGAAGAGCUUACCUCUGCCAGAGAGAUGGCCCCGAGCCAGCAAAUUCGCUCUGUCAGCCUGUGCAGCGGCUGUGGCAGAACUAGUGACAUUUCCCCUGGAUCUCACAAAAACUCGACUGCAGGUCCAAGGUGAAGCUGCCAUUCAUCGCAAUGGAGCUGCCGCCAGCCAGGCGGUCCCUUACCGUGGCAUGUUGCGCACCGCAGCUGGCAUCGUGCAAGAGGAGGGCUUACGAAAGCUCUGGCAAGGAGCCACGCCGGCCGUCUACCGCCACAUAGUGUACUCUGGCGUUCGGAUGGUUGCGUAUGAACAUCUCCGUGACUCCGUGCUUGGCAGGUCUGAGGAUGAAAGCUUUCCUUUCUGGAAAGCUGUAGUUGGAGGCAUGUCUGCGGGUGCCAUCGGACAGUUUUUUGCCAGCCCGACUGAUCUGGUGAAGGUACAGAUGCAGAUGGAAGGAAAAAGGAAGUUGGAAGGAAAGCCGUUACGGUUUCGAGGAGUGCACCAUGCAUUUAUGAAGAUCCUGUCCGAAGGAGGAAUACGAGGGCUUUGGGCUGGAUGGGUGCCAAAUGUCCAGAGAGCUGCUCUGGUGAACAUGGGAGAUCUGACCACUUACGACUCAGUGAAACACUUUUUGCUUCUGAACACGCCACUUGUGGACAACAGCGUGACUCACAGUAUUGCCAGUUGCUGUUCUGGCCUGGUAGCUGCUGUCCUGGGAACUCCCGCUGACGUGGUCAAAACCCGGAUAAUGAACCAGCCAAGAGAUAAGCAGGGAAGAGGUCUGCUGUAUAAGUCUUCCAUGGACUGCUUGAUUCAAACUGUACAGGGUGAAGGGUUUAUGUCUCUAUACAAAGGCUUUAUACCAACCUGGAUGCGAAUGGCUCCUUGGUCACUGGUAUUCUGGCUUACGUAUGAACAAAUCAGAAGGAUCUGUGGAGUUAGUUCUUUUUAAAACCGUGAAACCACUUCAAUACUCACAAAACAAAGAAGAAUUGGGAAGCUGAAUUCUCAUUCCACAAGGCAUCCCGACCCCACAGGGAACUAAUUCGUUUAGGAGAUUGGCAGUAGGAUCACACGUAUAGGUUGCUGCCACAAAUCCAGUCCUUACUGGCUAGGAGUAGCCAUGACUUAAGGAUACUAUUUGCUUGUCAGACUGCUAUAUGAAAUUUAAGUUAUCUGCAAGAUAAAAUUGUCAUAAUAAUACUUCAACUGGCAGCCAGCAUCAGCUUUCUGAAACAGUAAACAGAGGUAAAAAAAAAACGUACCAAGCAAGUAGAAUGUAAUACUGUUUGCCUGUUUGAUAAUAGAGAUGGUUCCUAUUGUUAAGGACAACAGCAGGUUGAACAACGCAGCACCGAACAUCUUCUGUGGCUAAGCAGUGCAUAAAAUUAUUUAGGAAUUUUUGUUACCGUUACAUUUGCACACACAUGAAGAACUACCUCUCAUUAGUUUGAUGCCUCAGCAAACCAAGCCUGUAGUGCUAGGAACUGAAAAAGAUUAAAGCAGUUUACCUGAUUUCAAAUUUGCUUUGCACAAAAGAUGGAAGGGGUUGUGUUCCUCUUACUUCCCAGAGACCCCCUGACCUCUUUAUUCAAGCAUUUGAGUAACAUCCAUGAGUGAAAAGCAGUCCUGUACCCAGGAAAUCAAAACCCUAGUUCGCUCUGCCCCUCCUGAAGGACUCGUAAUACACAUGCUUUCCCUAGGACCGAGUUGAACUACCUGUCCUUUGAGAGCCCCAGUGCUGAUGUGGCAGACUGGGUCAUUAACGUACCACUUUUCCACAGAAAUACGCACUCUGCCCAUUUUAAAUCUAGGUGAAAAUACAAUGUUCUCUUCAAAAACACAAAAUGUUUGAAUGUGAGUGAUUUAUUUUUUUUUAAAACCUAAAGCUCUCCAGCUUUCAUAGGAAAGAGGACUGCGGCUGUUUUUUCACUAGGCUUAUCUUUGGCAAUCAGGAGGCAGAAAUGCAGCGUAAAAGAAUCAUAAUGUAGACAGAACAAAGCUGGCUUUGAUUUAGCAAUAUCUGGUAAUGAAAUGACUGUACAAGACUUAGUUACCUGAGUAAAUACUCAGGAUUUCUUCUAGACUAGUCUUUGCAACUAGUAUCUUCAAUGUGCCAAUUUCUGAUUAAAUACAGCUUGGGCGCUUU